AUGAUGCUCCCCAGCCUAUCGACCCAGACUCAAAGUCUUUCCGAUUCAAAGAAGGUCGUUCCUUGCAAGGAUGAUAAUCUUAGAGAAGGUUCCUCAUCAGCCAAGAGCAGUCAAAAGUCACCACAACACUGUAAGCGCUAUCAAGGUUGGAUUCAAUAUCCAAGUGCAACGACAGGCAACUUCAUUGCAUGCUCCGUGCCGGACUUUGUCACACCCCCAUCUGACGUCAUCACUCGCGCCAGGGGUGUAAACAACCGUCCUUCGUUUUGUGCCGGUGCAAGCGUACCGAGCUGA